AUGACAAGUAAAUUGUUAUUAUUGAUAUUAUAUCUUUUCAAUAUUUUUGAUCAAAUUAAUUCUCGUGAAUUUUCAUUACAAUGUUGGAAAUGUGAAGUUACAAUUGAAUCAUCAGAAGAACUAGGAGUAUUUCAAGAUGAUUGUCAAGCACAAUUUGAUUUUACUGAACAUACAUUACAAGAUUGUGAUGGAAAAUGUUGGAAAUCCGUUGAUUUACUUGAUAUAAAACGAUUAGGUAAUAAUAGUCAAGAACGAUUAAAAUUAAAAGAUGCCGCUUUAUCAUCAUUAAAAUCAAGUCGUCGAUGUUUUUCAACUGAUGAAUUAUUACGAACAGCUGAAAUGGGUAUUAAUACAUCAAAUGGUUGUCGAAAAAUUAUAAAAGAAAAUAAAAAAUCCAUAGAAAUUUGUUUUUGUUCAGAUCAAGAUAUGUGUAAUAAACCAAAACAUGAUGCUACAGCUUAA